GAAGUGGCGCAUCGUUUUUUUCAUUCUCUUCAGCGUAAUGGCGUUGGCGGUAUUCUGCGUUUCCCGCACCUUUACCAUUCUUUUCUUCUUGUCCCUUUUCUUGCUCAGCUAAUUUCUUCUUGUCUUUCCCUGCCAGUUGAUGGCCGUUUGCAGUGA